AAUUGUGCAGCCUGCUAAGGAAGGCGGAAGUUGUACUCAGUGCUACGCCUUUGGCUCCGCUGUAGGAAGCUGUGGGAAGAGCUCUGGGGAGUCCGGAAGCUGCACCAUGAAUGCAGUGACCUAUGAUGAUGUACAUGUCGACUUCACUCAAGAAGAGUGGGCUUUGCUGGAUCUCUCCCAAAAGAAUCUCUACAAAGAUGUGAUGCUAGAGACCUACAGGAACCUCACUACUAUAGGCUACAGUUGGGAAGACAAUAAUAAUGAAGAACAUUGUCAAAGUUCUAGAAGACAUGGAAGGCAUGAAAGAAAUCAUACCGGAGUGAAAUCCUGUGGAUAUACUCAAAGUGGUAAAGCCUUUGCAUAUGACAGUCAUCUUCAAAGUCAUGAAAUAAUUCCUGCUGGAGAGAAACGCAAUCAAUGUAGUCAGUGUGGUAAAGCUUUUGCACAUCAUAGUUAUCUCCGAAUACAUAAAAGAACACAUACUGGAGAGAAGCCCUGUGAAUGUAAGCAGUGUGGUAAAACCUUUGCACAUCUUAGUAGCCUCCGAAGGCAUAAAAUAACACAUACUGGAGAGAAACCCUACAGAUGUAAUCAAUGUGAUAAAGCCUUUUCACAACCCACUAGUCUCCAAAUACAUAUAAGAACACAUACUGGAGAGAAACCCUAUGUAUGUUAUCAAUGUGGUAAAGCCUUUUCACAACACAAUAGUCUCCGAGUACAUAAAAGAACACAUACAGGAGAGAAACCCUACAAAUGUAAUGAAUGUGGUGAAGCCUUUGCACGUCAUAGUCAUCUUCAAAGGCAUGAAAGAAUUCAUACUGGAGAAAAACCCUAUGAAUGUCUUCAAUAUGAUGAAGCCUGUGCACAUUUCUAUAGUCUUCAGCAUCAAGAAAGAAUUCAUCCUGGAGAGAAACCCUAUGAAUGCACUCAAUGUGGUAAAACCUUUGCCCAUAACAGGCAUCUACGGAUGCAUAAAAGAACACAUUCUGCAGAGAAAACCUGCAAAUGCAAUCAAUGUGGUAAAGCCUUUGCACAUAACAGUUAUCUCCGAAUGCAUAAAAGAACACAUUCUGGAGAGAAACCUUAUGAAUGCACUGAAUGUGGUAAAACCUUUGCAUAUCAUAGUUAUCUCCAAAUACAUAGAAGAACACAUACUGGAGAGAAACCCUAUGAAUGUACUGAAUGUGGUAAAGCCUUUGCACGUCACACUAGUCUCCAAAUACAUAAAAAAACACACACUGGAGAGAAACCAUAUACAUGUAAUCAAUGUGAUAAAGCCUUUGCACAUCACAAUUAUCUCCGAAUACAUGAAAGAACACAUACUGGAGAGAAACCCUAUGAAUGUACUCAAUGUAGUAAAGCCUUUGCACAUCACAGUAGCCUUCAAAUACAUAAAAGAACACAUACUGGAGGAAAUCCUAUGAAAUCAAGCAAUGUGGUUAAGCCUUUGCAUGUAACAGUAGUCUUCGAAGUCAUGAGAAAAAAUCAUACUGGAGAAAAUCCCUAAACAUGUAGUCAGUGUGGUAAAGUCUUGGCACUUCAUGGUAGUCUUCUUACAAGAGGAAAACCUUUAAUGUAUAAUCAAUCUGUUAAAGUCUUUGCAUAUCAUACUAGUCUUUCAGAACCUGAAAGAACUCAUACCAAAGCAGAUCUGACUAUAAAGGAUUUGGUAAGAUCUUUAGCCAACAUACUUAUGUUCAGUUACACAAGAUUAUUUAUUCUGGAGAAAAAAAAUCUGACAAGUGUCAACAGUCUGUUCAAGCAUUAUGAUGUCCCUCUUUAUUUUGUUUGCACCUGUAAGCUCUGGACAGAAGCCCUAUGAAUUUAAACAAUAAGGUAACCCUUUUAGAUUUUACACUUCGCUUCAAUAACAAGAAAUACCUCAUGUAGGUGUAAAACUUCAUGGGUAUGGUUGGUCUGUGCCCUCCAAGUCUUCCACUCUUUCCUUUUUUUUUUUUUUGGCAACUACAUGUAGCUGUCAGUGACAGCACCUUGCAGACUCCCACUUGAUGAAAGGUCUUCACAUGGACCUUAAAGCUCUUCAGUCCUCACCCUGUCAUUCUGGGAACUUGCCUACCUGAUGGGAAUAAGGAUAUUCUAAAGAGACAUUUACAUCUUUACCAUUGGCUAACAACUAGUGUAACAGUGGACCCCAUGAAAUUCUAAUUUCCCCAGGAAUCUCAUUCUGGGAAAAGACUGAGUCCUCCAGAAGAAAACUUUCCUGUUGAAGAAACAUUUAGUCCUUAUCUGAAUACCUUGCAGUAGAGAAAGCUGAGAAUUGGGGAUGGAUUUAGGGAUGGGAAAAAUUUAUUAUAUGGCUUGGUUAGAUUACUUAGUUGUGCAUAUCUCUUGCCUUCUACUGAUGGAUUGAUUACCUUAAAUCUUCAUAAUUGUUCUAAAUUGUGCAUACUGAAUAAAUAUCAUGUUUUAAUUUUUA